UGCCCAGUCAUCUACAUUUCCACGACCUCCAUCCCGCCGCGAUGGCCACCUCGCCGGGCAAGAAGGUGGACGUCCCCACAGUCUCCUUUCGCGUCAUCACCGAUGACAAGGCGCUGCUCGGGCCUGCGGGCGUGCACUCCGAACAGGCGCGGUCGUAUGGCUAUAAUGACUUCUCCUACUUUGAGCGACCGGAGCACUACAUUCGCUACAUCGAGCCGAUCGAGAGCGAGCUCGCCGUACAGGUCGAGUACGACAUGGACGAGCAGGACCAGGAAUGGCUGGAUGCCGUCAAUGCCGAGCGGAAGAAGGACCAGCAGGCGCCUGUGUCGUAUGAGCUCUUCGAAGUGCUCAUCGACAAGCUCGAGAAGGAGUGGUUCAACCUCAUCAAGCGCAUCCCGCAGCCGCAGAGCCACAUGCCCGUCGAGGACUCCAAGUGCGCGAUCUGCGACGAUGGCGAAGGCGAGAACUCGAAUGCCAUCGUCUUCUGCGACGGCUGCAACCUCCCCGUCCACCAGGACUGCUACGGUGUCCCUUACAUCCCCGAGGGCCAGUGGUUGUGCAGGAAGUGCACCGUGUCGCCGGAGAACCCUGCCUCAUGCUUGUUUUGCCCAAACGAAGGAGGCGCGUUCAAGCAGACCACGACCGGCUUGUGGGCUCACCUCCUCUGUGCGAUAUGGAUACCUGAGCUCGGCGUUGGCAACGCAAUCUACAUGGAGCCUGUGGAGGGGGUCGAGAACGUUCCCAAGAGCCGUUGGAAGCUGGUGUGUUCGCUUUGCAAGGAGCGCGUCGGCGCCUGCAUCCAGUGCGAGAAGCCAAGCUGCUUCACAGCGUUCCAUGUGACUUGUGCGCGGCAGGCUGGAUUGCUGAUGAGCAUGAAAUUGAUGGGCGCGGACGGGCAGUUGAAGGCUUAUUGCGACAAACACCUGCCAGCUGACUGGCGACUCGCCUCCGAACCAGAUGAUGUCGAUGACGACUCGUACCACGAAUCUGAGGAAGACGAGGACGAUUUGCCGUCUCCGGCGCCGGCACGCAAACGGAAGCGAAAGGACUCCUUGACUACUCGCCCCACAACGAUAACGACAAAGUCCGCGAGGGCGCACGCCAAGUCGUACAGACCUGGUCCUCCCAUCGUGCCACGCAUGAUCGUGAAUCGCCUGCUCGACUACGUUGCGAAGGUGACGAUCAGCAAGCGCCAGCUGUUUAUUGAGCGGCUUUGUCGCUAUUGGAGCUUGAAGCGGGAGGCACGACGAGGCGCGCCGCUGCUCAAACGCCUACAUUUGGAGCCGUGGACGGCGACAACGGAGUCACGGGACGAGACAGAGGCGGAGAAGGCCAAGAAGCUCGAGUUUCUCAUCGCAUUGCGCAAUGACCUCGAAAAGGUGCGCUUGCUCGCUGAACUCGUGCGCAAGCGUGAAAAGGAGAAGCUGCGCCAGGCUCAGGUUAUCAAGGAUGUCGUCGAAGGGUUCGUCUUGCCGCAUUACACGGUACUACGAAGUGUGUUCGACCGCAUUUCUGCCCUCGACCGCGAGGACAUCUUCUUGCACCCAGUCGACAAGGACGAGGUCCCCGACUACUACGAAGUUGUCAAAGAACCUAUCUGCUUUUCCGACAUCGACAAGAAGAUCGAGAAUGUCCGGUACCGCAAUGUCGCUGAGUUCAAGAAUGAUAUCAGGCUGUUGUUCGCGAAUGCGCAGCUGUACAACAAGUCUGACACAGCCUUCUACCGUCGAGCAGUGCGGUAUAAGGCGCUGUCCGAGCCCAUCCUCACCGAGCUUGACAAUAUCCCAUCUGAAUCCUCCCUUCAACCACUUGGCGACGAGUGGAUUGAGCCAGCAGAUGGGGCUGUCGGCGACCUCGAGACGUCGCUCGUGCGCUUGCAAGCCCUGGUGGCGCCAGAUCCGAGCGACUCCACACGUGAUAUGCUCGCGUCAAUCUUCGUCUCCGAAGUCGAGAAACCAAAGGAGCCGUCCCCGCCCCGGCCAAAGCGCCCAGCUGUCAACCGUGCCAAAUUGUUCGCAGAGCGUGAGGAGCGUUACAAGGAGCGGAAGGUGUUGGGUGGGGUGCGCGCCAGCCGCCGUCAUAACACGUCGGCAUCAUCGCCAGUAGGGACACCUGCGCUAGAGGCAACGCCCGACGCUGCGGCUGUGCCAGAUUCGGCGGCAAUAACAGAGCCGGCAGUGCAACCAGAGGCAGGGCCUAGCGGCUCGAGCGGCACACCUCGACGACGCACGAGGCGCACCGUAGCGGAGGAGGAGGCCAGCUCAGCGGCGUCAUCUCCUGGCAGCAUCAAACCCAUGAGAAACCCGCAAAGGGGCGUCCUCGGCCUCCAGAGCAUCCCCAUCUUGACCGACGCGCAGCGGCGCGCGAAAGAGAAAAGACUUGACUUAGUCACGACCUCGCUGGACGCACGGCAUCAGAACGAGCGAUUCAACGUCGGUUGGAUCUUACCAGAGGGGUCGAAGCGGCGGCGAGUGUCGCAGGAGAGCAAGCCCAUCUCCAAGCCCAAGUCCAGGGAGAUUAAGAAGGUCAAGGAGCCCUCUAAGUCAUCAACGGAUUCUCCCCAGUCCAAGGCGCGAGGCAAAGAACGAGGACCGCCGGCUGUGGCGACGAAGGAGAAAGAUGUCAAGGGAAAAGGGAAAGAGGCGAAGGGACGUGCACGGAAGGCGUCCAUGUCCUCUGCGCGGUCAGCUACUUCGCGUACCAGCAAACGCAAAGCCUCGCCUCCACCCGAGCCACCUGCCAAGCGCAGCAGAAUGGAGAGCGAUGACGACCUCACCCCGGUACCCGACAGCGCGCCGCCCACUGCCACCGAGGCAAGAUUUCCGGACCGCAGCAGUCUAUCGCCUCUGCCGGAGGACAUGGCAACGCCGAAGGCGGUGAUAAUUGAGGGCGCAGGAGACGCCGGAGAAGAGGCACCAGGGAAACAGUCUGCAGCGGCGGACGAGGGCGAGAGAGGAGAGGCUGCGGAGGCUGAAACGGCCCAGGGAGAAGCCGGUGGUGAAGUGAAGCGCGAGGAGGGAAAGGGCUCAGAUGGCUCACUAGACGAGGACGCUGCUGGUAGGGGAGCGGAGACGACACAUGAUGGCGAUGCCGGGGUGCUUGAGGGGGACGCCUCAGCCGAACCCGCGGAGGAUCCUCCUUGCACCACGUCCGCAACAACACCGUCAUUGGCGUCAUUGGCAACCCCGGCCUCAGCGCGAGCCUCCUCGCGUUCGCGCCCCGCCUCAUCCACAGCCCGCAAAGCGAAACCUAACUUCGGACCAGGCAUGCAGGUUUGGGCCAAGGCGACGUCGUUCCCAUACUUCCCAGCGCGUAUCAUCAACCACGUCAAGGACUGGCAGACAGUACCGCAAAGCGUGCUGGAUCUGGAGGAGAACAUGUCCAAGAACGGGCCUGUGACGCUCGUGCGCUUCUACGACAAGGAGGGCUCGUACGGCUGGGUCUCCGAGGAUAAGAUGGUGCCACUGGGCGGAGAGGCAGAUGAGAUAUACUUAGCGGUGAGCAAAGGUGGCGAUGACGGGCUGACGACAGGGCAAGGAGCCGGGUAGGAAGAAGAAACCAUCUACCAAGCGCUCCAAGGAGAAGUGCCGGAUAGCGUAUGACGAGGCCAUGGCCGCCAAGAAGAAGUAGCCCUAGCUCUGUAUCCAUGCAACUAGUCGU